GGCUGCUGCGGGGGGUGGAUGGUGGUGGGGACCUCUGGCCGAAAAUUAAGGGGGACCCUUGGUGGGACUAAAAUGAUGGGUGUCUGGAUGCUUGUGCCUGGGGGCUAUUUAGAGCAAGGGUUUAACCCUGAUUUCACCUAGAAGGGGCACAAACCGAGCCACCUCUGUUCAGACCUGAGUGUGUCCCACCCCAGCCCUGAAAUGACCUCAGAAUGCCUUAAACUUUGAGUGAGAGCGGUCACAAGUGGCUCAGACAGCAUCUGGCCUUCUGCCUGUGUCAGGAAGGCCACUAAAGCUGUUUGGGCUUAACCCUACCACACCCCAAAGCUGGAAAGGGUCUCACUGGCAAGCUUGUGAUGGACCCCUGGGCCCCUGCCCAGCUGCCCCGCCCCUGGGAGAGGCAGGCAGCCCAGGGGGCAUGGGGAGAGGCACACUGUGGCCCCCCACUUCAGCCCAGGGGUCAGCUGCUCCACAUGGGACCCCCACCUCGGCCUGGAUCCUGGGAUGGGAGCCACCUCUCUGGCCACCCCUGGGAUGAGGGCCAACACCCCCAGAGGGAUGCCCGCAGACCAGCUUCCCAGACGGAGUACUAUGAAAGCAGCUUCCCCAACAGACUACACUCCAGGCAAGGAUAUGAAGACCCUCGCUGGCAGUAUCCAGCAGCCAGCUACGGGGAUAACUACACCUACCAAAGCCACCAGCAGCAGCCGGUGACCUGGCAGGAUAACAGAGACCUGAGACAGGGAGAGCCUUAUAGCAAGAGUACCAAUUACCAGGACCAGCACUACUACAAGGGCUACCAUCCGAACCUGGCCACAGCCCCCCUGGGGCAGGACAGGACCCAGACCUAUGGCUCCUGUGAGGACAGUUACAUAUCCACUGACAGGAGGGAGCGGGCAGGGGGAGAAACCCUCGGCAACGGUUCAGGGAAGGCUGGUGGCCAGCCCCGAGAGCCCUUGGGCCAGCCCAGCCUGCUUCUGCAGUACCGCGAGUCAGGGCUCAGCUCCAGCAGCUACGAGCUCAGCCAGUACAUCCGUGAUGGUGCCGACAACUAUGAAUCCAUGCUUUCAGGGACCUGGAGCCCAGCACAAGCAGGGGGGCCCUUGGUGUCCACUCCAGCCCCGGUGGUACCCCUCAAGUUCUUGCUGCCACACGUGGGGGUGUGCUUUGGAGCCAGAGGCCAGCUGGUGCUGGUGUGUCCCCACCGUCCUACCGAGGGGCAGCUGGCCCACGUCGAGCUACACAGCCUGGAGGUAAUCCUUCAGGACAUGAAAGAGCUGGAGGAGCUACAGGCCUUCCCAGGGCCCCUGGCCAGGGAAGAUCUGCACAAGGUGGACGUGAUGACAUUUUGCCAGCAGAAGAUAGCCACAAACUGUGAUCUCUCAACACAGAGAGGCAGAGAUUCAGCUCUUCUCUGGAAACUCCUGGUCCUCCUCUGCCAGCAGAAUGGGUCCAUGGUGGGCUCAGACACAGCUGAGCUGCUGAUGCAAGACUGCAGGCACCAGGAGAAGUACAAGAGGCAAAACCCUGCAGCAAACCUUAUUGGCCUGAUGGAUGAUGAGUGGAUGUCAUGUCAGACGGGGACGCUGGACCUCAUCACAGGGGAGGUCCCUCCUGUCGUGGAGACACAGGCACAGAUAGUGGAGAAGUUCACCAAGCUCCUCUACUAUGGCAGGAAGAAAGAUGCUCUCGUCUGGGCCAUGAGAAAUCAACUGUGGGGCCAUGCCCUCUUCCUCUCUAGCAAGAUGGACCCUCGGACCUACAGCUGGGUGCUUAAUGGGUUCACCAGCACGCUGGCUACCAAUGACCCCCUGCAGACCCUCUUCCAGCUCAUGUCAGGAAGGAUCCCUCAGGCAGCACUGUGCUGUGGGGAUGCCACAUGGGGAGACUGGAGACCCCACCUGGCUGCGAUGCUGUCCAACAAGGUUGGAGACAUGGCGCUGAACCACCAAGCCAUCAUCACCAUGGGAGACACUCUGGCUGACAAGGGAGCAGUUGAAGCAGCUCAUUUCUGCUACCUAAUGGCAGAUAUUCCUUUCGGUUACUUUGGGGUGAAAGAAGACCGCAUGGCUCUGCUGGGUAGCAGCCACCGUCAGGCAUUCACCCAGUUUGCCAGGACGGAGGUCAUCCAGCGGAUGGAAAUCUUUGAGUACUGCCAGCAGCUACGACAGCCCAAAUUCUUCCUGCUUCCCUUCCAGGUGUACAAGCUCCUCUACGCCUCUCGCCUGGCUGACUAUGGGCUCCCAGCCCAGGCCCUGCAAUACUGUGAGCAGAUUGCCACUGUGCUCCUGGGCCAGGACCCAACCACCCACCCUGUCCUGGCCCAGCAAGUGAUGAAGCUAGCUGAGCGGCUGAAGCUCUCUGAUCCGCUGCUCCUGGAGAUGCCGGAACAGGACCAGACGCUGGAGCCUGACUGGCUGGUAGAGCUCCGAGCCUGCUGCCAGGAGCAGGAGGUGGAAGAUGACCUCCCUCCAGAGGUGGGACCUGCUCAGCCAGGGCUCUCCUGGGCUGCUGCAUCGAUGGCAGAUGGAGGGCCUUACCAUGAGCUUCCGCAGAGUGAAGGCUACCAGUAUGACCAGUGGUACGAGGCCAUGCCACCCCAGGGACCCAUCUCCCAUGAGGACGCGUCCCUCCAGCCUCCAGCCCCUGCUCAGGUCACAGCAUCGCCACUGCUCGGUGUUCGGCAAGAGCUGCAAGCCCCCACACUUGGCCCAGAGCCGGCCACCCCUCUGGGAGGGGUUUUUGCUGAGCCCCCUCCACAGGUGGUGCCACCUGCAGGAGGAGCUGGGGAGCCCCAGGGUGCCCGAUUCUCCCCAGAAGGGGUGCAGCCAUCCCUCUCAGCAGAGCAGGAGGAGUUAAAGGAAAGGGCUCGGACCAUCUCAGAGGGUUCCACCAUCUCCUUGGAUGAUGACAGCCAGCCUUCCUCAGAGAGCGCAGAUGAAGAUGCUGCUGAAGAUCCGGCACCAGCAGAGGUGGUGAAGCCGGGUGAGGAUAAGAGCUCCGGAUUCAGGUGGUUUGGCUGGUUUCGGUCGAAGCCCACCAAGGAAACACCUCCCAGAGCCAUGCCUGAGGUGGCCCCAGACUCCCCCACUCUGGGACUGCAGGAACAGACAUCGCCAUCCCCACCUGAUGCUCCGGUCGCAGCUGGGACAAGACCUUUGGCUCAGCCUCUCUCCCAAAACCCUGGAGGAAUGCAAGGUGAAAAUAUCUUUCCUGUUACUCCAGCGUCUGUUGGGAUGAAAGGCUCGUGGGAUGCAGGUAGUGGGGAGACAGCAGGAGAGCAGUUUCUUUGCCUUCACCCCUUCCAGCCCAGCUUCCAUCAAUCUACCCCACUGGUGGGGACAAUCCCCCUCUUCAACCCUGCCCAGGUGUCUCAGCUCUCUGCUGCCUCUCGACCGAACCAACCCAGGCUGUUUUCCCAACGGCGCUAUCCCAACCCGCUGUGAGCUGGGGCGGGUGGAAAUCAACAGUGGUGAUCAGUUGUGUUUUUUAACCAAA